AUGGUAGAUAGCGAAUUCGAUAAGCAUGACCAGGAUAUGCGUAUUGAGUUGGUCGAAGAUGCCGUAUGCGGAAGGGUUGACGAGUCUAUCAAGAAUCCGUUUGAAGGGCUUGUUUUGGUGCCUCAGCCAACACGAGAUCCGAACGACCCCUUGGCAAGUUUCCCUCCAAGAUCAUCCUUCUCAUCCUCGUCAUCAUCGUUCCAGCGUGCCUCCAUUACGAAUUGGGAAUCUUGCGAAAAAUAUUCGACUUGUCUGACAGUGUGCUUCUUUACCGUCCUCUCAACCUUUAACUCCAGUAACCUCGUCGUCGCCGUCGUUCCCCUGAGCAACGAGUUUCACCAGUCGCAGACCCGAACAGGCUAUGUCGUUUGCUUUAAUCUGCUCGCCAUGGGAAUUGGCAAUCUGUUAUGGGUCCCGGUGUCGAGAGUGAUCGGCAAAAGGCCUGUCUACUUGCUCGCUCUUCUCUUGCUAACGGCAUCUAAUACUUGGACAUACAAGGCAUCGAGCUAUGGAAGUCUCCUAUCUUCUCGGAUCUCCUCUGGCCUUGCCAGCUCUGCAGCCGAUGCGACAGUUCCGUCUUUAAUCACCGAUCUCUUUUUCGUCCAUGAACGAGGCCAUUGCAUGAUGAUAUUCCAUUUUGCUCUUAGUACCGGUUUUUUUAUCGGCCCUCUCAUCAGCGCAUAUAUUACUCAAGCACUUGGCUGGCGCUGGACAUGUGGAUUCCUGGCUAUAGCUGGUGGUGCGACGUUUCUUGUUGGCAUUUUCACUAUCCGAGAAUCCAAUUAUCAGCGGGAGACUGCUAAUACCGAGCUGCUGGCCUCGGCGUAUCCACCUAAAAGAACCUUUAUGGCCUGGAUGGCCCUUACACACGGUCACAGGCCGGAUGUCUCAUUCUUCAGGACUGUCUGGAAUACUUUAUGCCUGGCGGUUUACCCACCCAUCCUUUGGACUGGCCUUUUAGUUGGCACAUUUGUCGGAUGGAACGUUGUCAUACAAAUGACGGCGAGCCGGCUGUUUACUAAACCACCUUUUGAAUGGAAGAUUGGUAGUAUUGGCUUGCUCGCUCUGUCUGGCUUCAUUGGUGCUGUCAUUGCAUUUUUUCUCGGCGGCAAGGUUGUCGACCUCAUUUCUGCCCGCAUGACCAAGGCAAACCACGGCGUAAGGGAGCCCGAAUUUAGAUUGCCUGCAAUUAUUAUGCCAGCUAUAAUUGGGCCAAUGGGCGUUUUAACCUUUGGCAUCUGUACAGCAAAUCAGGUCACUUGGGUGGGCGCAGCUUUUGGCUAUGCUAUGCAAGGAUUUGGACUGACGGCCGUCUCGAACGUCGUGGUUACGUAUGCAGUAGACAGCUACCAUCAGUUAGCGGGUGAGGCUCUAGUCAUUGUAUUCGUGAUCCGGAAUACCAUCGCAAUGCUGUUAGCAUUAUAUACCGUCAACUGGCAAGAAUCAACUGGCGUCAAAAAUGCGUUUGGGCAAAUGGUUGGGAUCCAGUAUUUCUUCCUUUCCUUUACUAUUCUCAUGUUUUUGUACGGGAAACGCAUCAGAGCUUGGACUACCCACUUUGGCCCCCUAGCAGCUAUUCCGGGCCAGGAAUGA